AGAGAAGGUAAACAAAAUGUCAGGAACGGGGACUACUUGAAAAAGAAAAAACAUAAAUUCCAAAUUGUUAUGCUCUGAUAGAGACCCGUGAGCUUGUGCAAACCCGAAACCGCCGAGGGUUUAUUGAGAGGCGAGUGUUGAGCAGACAACAAUGGCGGAGGAGGUGGAAAUGGUGUGUCCCACAGAAGACAUGUUUUCUGAAUUGCUCGAUAGUUUAGUCGCUCCUUACUUACCCACCGACCCAGCCCCUUCACUCCAUCAGCACCAAUUAAUCGCUAAUCAGAUGCAUGCUGUAGUGGUACUCUACAACUACUACCACAGGAAACGUCAUCCGAGUUUGGAGUAUUUAAGUUUCACUUCUUGUUGCAAAUUGGCUGUCAUUUUCAAGCCUAAGUUAUUGGCAUACAUGAAGCUCAUGUGUCGACCUGAUUACCACACUGUAGUGGACCUAAAAGGUCAGCUGUCACUGACAGAGGAAGCGAUUAUGGGUGCUUGUAAGGUUUCUUCGGCGCUGCUUGCACAUGAAGAUGUUCCAGGUAUUGGAUGGCCGAUACGCAAAGUUACUGUACUCUUAGUUGAUUCUACAAGGGAGAAUUGCUUGCUACUGUUUGGUUCUAUAACAAAAGGAAUUUGGUCAGCCAUUGAAAGAGAUCUUAAAUCCACAUCUGAAAUCGGAAAAUGCAGUGGACUACGACCUCGAACUGAAGUGCACACCGAUGAAGAUGCUCUUCUGCAACUUGCAUUUUCUGGCAUUAAUGAAGUAGCAGGCAUUAAUAAUUCUGAUCUUGAGGUUCUGGAGAGGCAUACUGUAUAUUCGUUAAAUGUGGAAAAGACAGCUGCUCAUUUUUUUAUUGUGCAAUCUUCACAAUCCAUAACUGCGGAUCAUCAAUGUCACAUUAAAGACGUUAUUGAGAGCUUGCAAGGCCCUCUGGUUCGAAAGAGUUCUCGUGGUUGGAUGCUCACCACUGUUCAUCAAUACUUUCAUCUUCUUCCUUAUACUAGGAUCUUGGCGGACUGGUUUUCUAGGGAACAAUUAUCAAAGCAAGUGAGGGUAAAUGUCAAAGAUACUAUUACGCAAUGUUCAAAUUCGACCAAAAAUCAUCUGAAGACUGAAGUCGUAGGCAAAAAUAUUAGCCAUGAAAAUAUAUGUGUAACUGAUGCAGAGGCAACUGAUGGAAGUCAUGACACCGCAAAGCAGGAAAUAAAUGGAUGUACACAUCAUAUCUCCUUGCCAGAAAAAGUUGAUGGAGAUGAGAUCAACAAAGAUGCAUCCAGCAAUGUCAAAGUCAACCAUCCAGUUAAGGAAACAGAUGCUAUGGAAAUCGAUAAAGAUGUCUUACCAAGUGAUGAAGUUCUAGUGGAAAAUGAUAAUGAGUGUUUCAAUUCCAUCGAUCAGGACAAAGUGGACGUAGAUGCGAUCGGGAGUUUCAAAAUCAACCACCCUAGCAUGAAGAUAGAUUCUGUGGAAAUUGAUAAUUACAUCUCACCAAAUAAUAUCAACCCGGCGGUGCAGAAGUCUAACUCCGUUAUGGGGAUCACAAGCAAGCAGUUCAAAGUAGUAGAGUCCCUGAAUUCCAGAAUUAGUUCAAAUAGUGGAGAUUCUGUGGCCUCAUAUGAUCGUGCGGUGGAUUCUCAUCAACCAAAAUCUAUAAAUGUUGAAAAACCGACAUCUAACCUGGCUUCAGAUGAGGAUGCAUUGCAACAGGCUCUCAGAAAAAGAGAGAAACUGUCUAUGCAGCGAAGCAGUAUACAAGAAGAGCUUGCAUUGUGUGAGAAACAAAUCCAGACAUUUAUAGAUGGUGAUGCAUAUGAUAUGGGAGUUAAGAUGCAAGCUGUUAAAGAUUUUUGUAAUUAUGUUAGCACAAAAAGCACAACAGACUCCCAAGUUAUCCCAGGGCCUGGCCCUUGUCAGCAUCUCGAAGACCCCAUAACUCAGCAUGCAAAGAGAAAAAGAUCAUCAGUCGACAUCCUCCCGGUGGAACAUUUUUGUCAGGAAUUGGACAUUUUCUGUUGUAUGAACUAUUGGAUGCUGCCAACCUACAGUGUUCGUUCAUCAGAGGAGGGAUAUUAUGCUGACGUAAACGUUAAAGGAGCAGAAUUUUCCUCAUCUGAAGUGAGCAACCUGAAGACCACUCCUGCUGAGGCAAGAGCAUCGGCUGCAGCUAAGAUGAUGGCUGUACUUGACCAUGUUUUACCCAAGCAGUAGCAUGGUCUUACAAAUAUAUCUUCGCCGGACUAAUUCAUUUUCUUUGAAAGAAGAUGGUAGCCGGUGUAUAUGGAUCCAGUCCUAUAACUCUGUACCUGGCAUUUUUGUAUAUAUAUGAAAUAACAGUUCAGAAUCAAUAACGGUCUGAACCUAGUCCAAUAUUAUGGAUUUGAAAUGGUGGCAUACUGGUGCACAUGCAUGUAUUAGCAAAUUAGUGUUCUUUUCGUUAGAUAAGAACCUGAAGAUUUCUUUAGCAGCUCUAUGAUUCUAUAAUCAAUAUAUUUCUUAUGUGGCAUGAAA